CGUCUGAACGAAGUAGAAGCGGAGGAGCGUAGAAGAAGAAAACCUCGGCUGUCAGUGUGUGUUGCAAUUUAUGAAUGAGAAGGCGCUGAUUUGGGGGUCCAACAUGUCGUUUCUUCCCAAACUGCUUCUUGUGGUUCUCUUGGCUUUCCCGGCGCACAUCGCCUUCACAGGACGGGCGGUGGGCGCUGAGGAUCUGAUGGAGGACGAGGAGGCCACCGAGAUCGAGGACGAUGUCGUGGACGACGUCGCGGCCGACGACGAAGACGACGAAGCCGAAGUGGAAGACGACGAGCGGACGGAAAUCUCGGAAGGAAAGGAGGACGACGAGGAGGAUGAGGAGGCGUCGGUCGGCGAGGUGAAGGCGUCUCCUAACGCCGACACCGCCAUCCUCUUCGUCAAAGGAGAAGACUUCCCGGCCAACGACAUCGUCAAGUUCCUGCUGGGCUUCACCAACAAAGGUUCCGAGGACUUCGUGGUAGACUCGCUGGACGCUUCCUUCCGAUACCCGCAGGACUACCAGUUCUACAUCCAGAACUUCACGGCGUUGCAGCUGGGCACGGCGGUGCCGCCCGGGCGCCAGGCCACCUUCGAGUACUCCUUCAUCCCGGCCGAGCCCAUGGGGGGGCGCCCCUUCGGCCUGGUCAUCAACCUCAACUACAAGGACGCCGACGGGAACGUCUUCCAGGACGCCGUCUUCAACCAGACGGUCACCGUCACCGAGAAGGAGGACGGACUCGACGGGGAGACCAUCUUCAUGUACGUCUUCCUGUCCGGCCUCGGCCUGCUCGUCGUCGUGGGCCUCCAUCAGCUGCUGGAGUCCAGAAAGAGGCGGCGUCCCGCCCCCAAAGUGGAAAUGGGAACUUCCAGUCACAACGACGUCGACCUCAGCUGGAUCCCGCAAGAAACCCUCAACCAGAUCAGAUCCCUCCCUCACUCACUCGCUCACUCACUCACUUUCUUGUGUGGUCUCUCCCGUUGGCCGUCACGUCUUCAGUGCAGAGCCGCAGAGACAAAGCGUCGCCCAGGAGGUCUCCGCGCAAACGCAACCAGAAACGCUCGGCGGGUUCCGACGAGUGACCGCGCGAGGACGCCGGCCCGGGACGACUGCUGGGGCCGUUUUGAUGGGACUUUUUUUUUUUGUUUGUUUUUGCUUUGCUUUGUUUUUUUUCUCCUCGCCUGCCCCCCGCCACCCCCACCCCCACCCCAAGCAAAACUUUUUCACACACUGAACUCUGCCUUCUCCCAGAUUGAACGCGACGCUUGUGUUGAUUUUGAUUGUGACGAUUUGAUGCCGCCGUCGUGAGGAGCGCGAGGAAAUGAGCACAUUUCAUGCAUCUCGAUUACAGUCCAAAGGUUUGCAUGAAUGUCGACGUAGGACAAAAGAAAACGGUUACGCAGUCGUCGUGCUUGAAUAAGUUAAGUAGCCUCCGUUCCCAUGGAAACGUUCCCCAAAAAUUCACUGGAAAUGGCCGCUUUGGUGUCAAUCGGGGGUGGGGGGGGUGUCGUCUGUUUGUGUGACGCACUGAUGAUGAUGAUGAUGAUGAUGAAGAUGCCACAUUUGUGUACUGUCGCCAUAGGAGCAGAAUGUCAGCUAAUUUAUAGGAAUCUUUUUUUUUUUUUUUUUUUGGUGGGGGUGUGUAAUGUUCGCUUUACCACGAGGGGGCGAUGCACUGCGGACAGGAGUAUUGAACUUUGACCUUUGUUUAAGGGCUCCAUUUUUUUUGUUUUGUUUUGGUUUUUAAUGUUGUACGGAUCAACUUUUAUUUGCACUUGUGAGUGAACAAUAAUUACAAUUAAGUUUUGCCAA